UGAAAUUCGACAAGGCUGACAACACCUGCUUGAAAUGAACAGCGAGUCGGCGGAAAGCCACUGCGUUCCAGCUCCCGCUCCAGCUCCUCCUGCAGAUGGGGGGCAGUUGAUUCCGCUUAAGACGAUAUUGGAGAUCCGUGCUGCGGUUCGAGUUUUGAAUGUGUAUAUCACUACGGUACCCAUCCAGAAAGCUAGCAGUACUUUGGGGUGAGUCGCGCUUUUUUUUUAUUUCUUUACUGGUUUGGUUGGUUGCAUGGGGAGAAGAAGAAGAAGGGGGAAACGGGAAUAGAUUGCUGAUCUGUUGGAUUGAUCAGCUUGGUUCGCACGCUGGUUCCGAGAGAUGGGGGGUAUGAUUUUCAGCAUUUGAGGAGGUUUGCGAAGCCGGGGGUUGUUCCGGAGGGGGUGAGGAGGAGGUAUUUUGAGGGUUGUGGGGAGGAUGGUCCUGAGUCCUUGAGGUCCUCGGUGGACGAGAAUGAAGGACUGAAGGAGGAAGGGUGUGAGGAGGAAACUAAAAUCUUCCUCCUCAUCGCUGCGACCAGCAUCAUCUCGCCCUCCUCCCUCCUCCCCUCACUCGAAAGCAUCCUCGGUCCCGGCGUAAAACUCUCCACGACGGAGAUCCCUCUCCUGGCGCCGACCUCUGCGGAACAAGCGAAAGGAUGGAGUGAGAAGUACUGGCCGUGUGUGUAUAAGAAGAGUAUUCCUUUUGGACCGCAUGUUGCGAUUGUGUCGCGGGCUCAAGAGGAGGUUCUACGGGGUGUGAGGGGGUGGAUGGAUAGUGCUUGGGGGCUUGCGGAUGCGGCGAGGGAGGAGGGCGUGGGUGAGGGGGUGGGGGUUGUUAUUGUGGAGAGGAGGGGGGGAGAGGCGAGGGUGGUUGUUGGGGCUGGAGAUGGGAGGUGGUGUCGCUGGGGGAGGGAAGAGGGAGGAGAGGGAAAUGUGACGGCUCAUGCUGUUAUGAGGGGGAUUGGGAUGGUGUCCGAGGGUUUGGCUAGGGAUUAUACAUCUCCUUCGGCUAUCCCUCCUUUCCCUGAUACCGAGGGGGGUAUCUUCCGCAAUCAUCCACUCCUUGAUCUAGAAAACGAUCUUCCUGAGAAAGAAGUCGAUGUUGGUGGUUAUCUAUGUCAUGACCUCGAGAUAUACUGUACACAUGAACCGUGUGUUAUGUGUUCUAUGGCUAUUGUACAUUCUAGGUUUGGCAGAGCGGUUUUUGAGAAGAGGAUGUGUGGUACCGGGGGCCUUUGUGCGGAUGAGGGGGGACUGGGUCAUGGGCUUUGGUGGAGGAAGGAGUUGAAUUGGACUAUGCUUGGGUGGCGGUGGGUUAGGCCUUUGGGGUUUAGAGAGGGGAGGGUGGAUGUUGUUGAUGUGGAGUUGGAUGCUUGA